CCUUAGUACCCCCCAUUCGGAUUUACUUGGCUUCUAAGAGAAGAGAACCGAUCAGAACAAAGAAAGAGAGAAAAGGGAGAGCAGUUCGCAGUUUUUGUCACUGUGCGUAGGGUUGAUUGUUUAGCCCAUAUCUUGAGCUUCACUUGUUCAAAUCAGGCGUAUGAGGUGUCCAGAGAAAGAUCUCAAAACGAGGAUUCUGGAAUGGUGUGGAUCGUGACGAUUAGAGUUGUGGAAGGCUUCCAAAUCUGCGUUGGAAAGUACGAGCUCGCAGCAGGGUUUCUUCUUCUCUAGAGGACACGAACUCGUCAGGAAUCACCCUUGCUAGGGGCUGUUUUCAGUUCGUGAGUUAAGGGGGUGAGCAUACUGCUGAGCCAACUGCUGAGAGCCGACUGUUGAGCCAGCUGCUAAGAGCAGGCUGCUGCCCACCCAUUUUUACACAAGGAGUCAGCUCGCAACCUUCCUUGGCCGAGCCUUGGUCGUUGGAGUGUGAAAGUAAGUCUAAAGCUCAUUAAGGUGAGGACGACAUCUAGUUGCUUACAACUUGUAGGUUAUGCAUGAGAUUACCUAAAUGCUUAAAUCAUGUUUUCAUAAAUAAAGAUGCUUGAACAUGAUAUGCAUGAUAAGUAAUGGACUUGAUCAUAAAUUGAAACUAUAUUGAUGAAUAUGGAGUAAAUGAGGUAUAAAUGUGCUAUUAUGUAAAAAUAGACAUUUCUACUCAUGUAUGCAUGAUAUGCCUAUGUAAACGAAUACUUGAAUGAUGAAAUUGAACACAUGGGGAGGCUGCCACAUAUUAUUAAUAUGUAGGGGCUCCCAUAUGUGAGUAAAUGUUUUUGUAAGAAUAAUCUUAAUAGUAAUGAAAUACUAGUUAAGGAUUGUUCGAAUUGUUGAUAGAAUCAAACCUAGGGUUUGUAUAGUAUUGUGAUGAACUUGAUGGACUUCGAGUGUUAUUUGUGUCUUAGUGUGAACUAAGGUUAAGUUGGGGCAGUGGCGGACCUUCUUUAUUCAGGGGUGUUCAUGUGAACACCCAAAAUUUUGAAAAUUAAGUGUAAAAAUACAUGUAUAGAAUUGAUGUAAUAAUUUAUAUAUUGUACUAUUAGAUAACAUCUUAAUGGUAAAGUAAUUUCGAACACCCAACAUUUAAUUGCAAGAUCCGCCACUGAGUUGGGGCAGUCCAUAGGAUGUCCCAAGAUAAUUUUAUGUAUGACAAUUCUAGGCAUAGUGAGUGCUUAUGAAUUGGGGUCUAUGCCAAUGUAAGGAGAUGCACUUGAGCCCGAGCUCUAGAAUUGCAUUGGGUAGACAUAAGGUUUAGGUUCAGCCCAUGUAAGGAGAUGCACUUGAGCCCGAGCUCUAGAAUUGCAUGGGUGGACAUGAUGUCAGAGAUUGAUGAUGUCAUAUAAGGUUUGGAACCUAGGGUCAAAUCUAUGCCAAUGUAAAGAGAUGCACUUGAGCCCAAGCUCUAGAAUUGCAUUGGGUAGAUAUAAAUUGGAUGCAUUAGGGUUGGACCCUAUGUAUUGUCGUGACUAGUGGUCACGGGGUUUGGGAAAUAUUUUGUGAUAAACAUGGGCCUAUGGGUCGACUACUUGACUUUAUAUAAAGUAAGUUUUGCCCUAGCUUAAGUGUGACUUUAACUAGUUAUUAAGAAAAAAUUACACAAAUAUUACUACUUUAAACCUCACUAACAAAAAUAUGACUUUUUGCUCUAGCUUAAUCCCAUGAUCCCCAUACAUGUUCCGUGUUAUAAGUCACUUUCUUGUAACUCCCAUGACUUUUGGUAAUAUUUAUGUUAAUUAUGCAAAAAUCUCAUUUAUUAAAGUAGUUCGAUUUUUUAUUUAAAAACAAAAAAGUAGUUCAAUUUUUUUCUCAUUAAACUACACUUGUUAGAUUGAAGUAUUAAUUAAAUAGUUGAAAUUUUAGUUAAUUAAACUAUUAAACUUGUUAGAUUGAAAGUAUUUAUUAAAAUAGUUGGGAUUUUAGUUAAUUAAACUGUAGUUAAUUAACAUAUAUUUUGUAGUUAGUUAAACUAUAUUUCUUCUCUCAAAAAUAUAUAUUUUAUGAACAUAUUUAAUAAAUAAUCAAAUUUAUAACAUUUGUUAUUAGUUGCAUUACUUUUGUACUCAUAUUAACAUAUUUGUUAGAAUUUAAUAUUUGUUACAUUUUUAAGAUGAAACGUGGUAGACAUUCUGUAGAUAUCGGUAACCUCCACCGCAACCGAAAGAAGGAGAUUGCGAGGAAUCAUCCUUCUUCGCGCAAAAGUAAAGGACAUAUCAGGUCUUCUUCUUAAAGCCCGGAUUAUUUUGAAAUGGAUUACCAAUGAAGAGAUGCAAAUGCGAUGUCCGACAAGCAACUAGAACAACUAUUGGCCCAACAAGAUGGGCGCUUUUUCCAACAACGUGACAUCCCCGACAUUGAGGAAGAGCUCGAGGAUGAGGAUGCGGAGGAGGACGGUCCUUCGCCGGCCGAGGACGAGGGUGUCGGCACCCCGGACGCUGACACCACGACGAGGACGAGGUUGGUUCAUCCCAACCCGGUAAAAAAGGUAAAUCUAUCCUUAUGGAAAAUAAGUAUACAAAGUGGAAGGACCUGAAAAUCGAGAAGUGAUACGCAACUUGCAAUCAUUGCAAUCAAGAUAUUAGCUAAGGGAUUUCACAAGGAUACGGGGGCGCCAAACGGCAUCUUAAGGCCCGUCACCCCGUGUAGUUUGCGAAAUUAGACAAAGGCAAGGGGAAGCAAACUCAAAUAUCGAGGUUUGUAACUGGCCAACCCUUUGGUAAUUUCUCCUAUGAUGAUUCCAAACAUUUGACUGGUAUGUCACACUUAAUUGUUGAAGAAAAUUUGCCUUUUAUUUUUUUUGAAAGUCUUGCUUUAAAAGAAUAUGCUCAAGGUACUAAAAUUUUCAAUUUAGAAAUUCUAGUCGCAAAACGAUUAAAAAAGAAGUUAUAAGGCAAUGUGGUUCAAAAGGCAAAAUUACAAAUGUUUUUCGCAAACUUUGAUGGGCGUGUUAGUAUUUGUAGUAAUAUAUGGGAGGAUACUCAUCAUCAUUUAUAUUAUUUGGGUGUCAUUGCACAUUAUAUUGAUGAUUGGGAAAUGCAUAAACAUGUUCUUGCUUUUUGUAAAUUUAAUGAUCGACACACCGCUGAUAAUAUUUAUAUUCUCAUUGUGUGUAUUUUAAUUGAGUAUAAUUUGAUUAAUAAGGUGUUUGUUAUGAGUUUUGAUAAUGCCAGUAAUAAUACUGUUGUUAUAUCUAGAUUGCGUGAGUUGUGUGGUUCUUCUACUUUGAUGGGUAAGUUUUUUCAUCAGGGAUAUGCAUGUCAUAUUCUCAAUUUAUGUGUAAAAGACAAGCUAGCCGCGUUAGGAAAUGCUAUGGAGAUAGUGAAAGGGAGAAUUAUACUUAUUUGGGCUAGUAAUUCACUUAAAAUGCAAUGGCGUAAUUAUUUGAGGGAAUGACGUGUCAAAUAUUGUGCUUUUCCUAAAGAUUUGUCUAUCCGUUGUAAUAUUACUUAUAACUUAAUUGUUGUACUUAUUAGAUUUAAAGACCAUUUUCCUGCUUUUUUAAAAGAAUAUGCUAACUAUAUUAUAAACCGACUGACAUCGACGCUAUGCAAAAAAUUGUGAAUGUUUUGGUAUUUUUUAAUAAUGCAACUCAAACUUUUAGUCAUGUUUAUAAACCUACCGCAAAGCAAUUUUUUCGAGAAGCUGUUAAUCUCGCCAGUGCUUUUUGUGAAUUUUUCGAUGCCCCUUACGUUAGUUAUUUUUGUUCUUUCAUGAAAGAAAAGUUUUUAAAAUAUUAUUCACAUAUUCCGCAUAUAUAUUGUAUUGCAUUUAUUCUUGAUCCUCGUUACAGAGUUAAUGCUUUGCAACAAUGUUUAGACUACUAUUAUGCUUCUUUUUUUGGUCCAUUUCCUAUAUACGAAGAUAAGCCCAUAGAUCCUAAACAAGAAUACAACAAUGUUAGUAAUUUAUUUCAUCAAUUACUUAAUGAGUUUCAUGCACAAUAUGGUAACACACCCCCUCCCCCGACACGAAUAUCGUCAUCUAAAGGAAAAUCAUUUUUGAAAUCUACAUUUGGCAAUCUUAUGAAAAAAAUUAAAUCAACUCCCGUUGUUGAACAAAGCUCGAUCAACGAGCUUUCUACGUAUCUAACAUUUCAUGUUGACUAUGAAGAAAGGGAUGACUUUGCCUUUCUAAAGUGGUGGAAGGAUAAAGAAAGAACGUUCCCGGUUUUUAUGUAAGAUGGCUAAGCAAGUGCUAGCAAUGCCGGUAUCAACAGUUGCCGUGGAACAAGAAUUUAGUGCGGCUGGCAACGCGCUAACGGAUUAUAGAACGAGAUUGAGCGCAAACUCUCUUGAGACGCUUGUUUGCUUCCACGAUUGGUUGAAGGUCCAACGUAGAACUCAAAAAGUUAGCAUCGCCCCCACCCGCCACUAUGAAGGAAACAACAACCGACGUUGGCAGAGAUUCCGAUUGAUUAUUAUUUAUUAGAAAAUGUAUUUCAUGUUUUAAAUUUUUCUCAAUUCUCAAUUGUAGUUCAUAUUUCAGAUAAAUAUACUUAAAGUUUUUUAUAUGUAGCACUUCUUGAAUUAAUUUGUAAACAAGAUUUAAAUUAAAA